GCAAACACACCGAGCUGCUCCUCUUCCUCUUCUUCCUCCUCCUCCUCCUCCUCUUCACAGCUGAAGAUGGCGGACCCGGCCGAGUGCACCAUCAAAGUCAUGUGCCGUUUUCGGCCUUUAAACAGUUCGGAGGUGAUAAGGGGAGACAAAUACAUCCCCAAAUUUCAAGGAGAAGAUAGUGUGGUCGUCGGGGGAAGGCCGUAUGUGUUUGAUCGAGUGUUUCAGUCUAACACUUCUCAGGAGCAGGUUUACAAUGAUUGUGCUCAGAAGAUAGUUAAAGAUGUGCUUGAGGGUUAUAACGGUACAAUAUUUGCUUAUGGACAAACCUCUUCUGGAAAAACACACACCAUGGAGGGGAACCUGCACGAUCCAGAUGGCAUGGGCAUUAUUCCGCGGAUCGUCCAGGAUAUAUUCAAUUACAUUUACUCCAUGGAUGAAAACCUGGAAUUCCAUAUCAAGGUCUCCUAUUUUGAGAUUUACCUGGACAAGAUCAGGGAUUUGCUGGAUGUAUCUAAGACCAACCUGUCUGUACAUGAAGACAAGAACAGAGUUCCUUAUGUAAAGGGUUGUACUGAGCGGUUUGUGUGUAGUCCGGACGAAGUGAUGGACACCAUUGAUGAAGGCAAAUCCAACAGACAUGUGGCUGUCACAAACAUGAACGAGCACAGCUCCAGGAGUCACAGUAUCUUCCUGAUAAACGUCAAGCAAGAGAACACGCAGACGGAGCAGAAACUGAGCGGGAAACUCUUCCUGGUGGAUUUAGCAGGAAGCGAGAAGGUCAGUAAAACCGGGGCAGAGGGUGCUGUGUUGGAUGAAGCCAAAAACAUUAACAAAUCUCUUUCCGCUCUGGGAAACGUCAUCUCUGCUCUGGCUGAAGGAUCGACGUACGUUCCCUACAGAGACAGUAAGAUGACGAGGAUCUUGCAGGAUUCUCUGGGUGGAAACUGCAGGACAACUAUAGUGAUCUGCUGCUCUCCAUCCUCCUUCAACGAGGCCGAGACUAAAACUACGCUCAUGUUCGGACAGAGAGCAAAGACCAUCAAGAACACAGUGUGUGUGAACGUGGAGCUGACAGCUGAGCAGUGGAAGAAGAAAUAUGAGAAGGAGAAAGAGAAGAACAAGACGCUAAAGAACACCAUCACCUGGCUGGAGAACGAGCUCAACCGCUGGAGGAACGGUGAGAGCGUACCCAUUGAGGAGCAGUACGAUAAAGAGAAGGCAAAUGCAGAUGUGCUGGCCCUGGAUAAUGUGAUGAAUAAUGAAAAAAUCACCUCGUCUCCCAGUGUGCCCGGCCUUAAAUUGACUGAUGCUGAGCGUGAGAAGUGUGAGGCUGAACUGGCCAAACUAUACAAACAGCUGGAUGACAAGGAUGACGAGAUAAAUCAGCAGUCUCAGCUGGCUGAGAAACUCAAGCAGCAGAUGUUGGAUCAGGAAGAGCUGCUGGUCUCAACGCGAAGGGACCAUGACAACCUGCAGGCGGAGCUCACCCGUCUUCAGAUGGAGAACGAGGCGUCUAAAGAGGAGGUGAAGGAGGUGCUGCAGGCCUUGGAGGAGCUCGCAGUCAACUAUGAUCAGAAGAGUCAGGAGGUGGAGGACAAGACCAAGGAGUUUGAAACCCUGAAUGAAGAGCUCAACCAGAAAUCUAGCGUUCUUGCAUCUAUCGACUCUGAGCUGCAGAAACUGAAGGAAAUGACCAAUCAUCAGAAGAAGAGAGUCACUGAGAUGAUGUCAUCACUGCUUAAAGACCUGGCAGAGAUCGGCAUCGCCAUAGGGAGCAAUGACAUUAAGCAUGAGGGCGGAGGUCUCAUUGAUGAAGAGUUCACCGUGGCUCGUCUGUACAUCAGUAAGAUGAAGUCUGAGGUGAAGACUCUGGUGAAGCGCAGCAAACAGCUGGAAAGCGCUCAGGCCGAGAGCAACAAGAAGAUGGAUGAGAACGAGAAAGAGCUCACAGCCUGUCAGCUCCGUAUCUCUCAGUAUGAGGCAAAGAUCAAGUCCCUGACAGAGUAUCUGCAGAACAUCGAACAGAAGAAGAGACAGCUAGAGGAGAACGUCGACUCUCUCAAUGAGGAAAUGGUCAAACUCAGUGCACAGGAAAAAGUUCAUGCCAUGGAGAAGGAGAAUGAGAUACAGAGUGCUAAUGAAGUCAAGGUUGCAGUUGAGCAGCAGAUCCAGAACCACAGAGAAGCUCAUCAGAAACAGCUGAGCAGCCUGAGAGAUGAGCUGGAGACCAAGGAGAAACUCAUCACUGAACUGCAGGAUCAGAACCAGAAGAUCAUGUUGGAGCAGGAGCGCUUGAAGGUGGAGCACGAGAAACUCAAAAACACUGACCAGGAGAAGAGCCGCAAACUGCACGAGCUGACGGUGAUGCAGGACAGAAGGGAACAGGCCAGACAGGAUCUCAAAGGCCUGGAGGAGACAGUGGCCAAAGAGCUGCAGACUCUUCAUAACCUGAGGAAACUCUUUGUUCAGGAUCUGGCCACACGGGUGAAGAAGAGCACUGAGAUGGACUCAGAUGACACUGGCGGCAGUGCGGCACAAAAACAGAAGAUCUCAUUCCUGGAGAACAACCUUGAGCAGCUCACUAAAGUGCACAAGCAGCUGGUGCGUGAUAACGCUGACCUGCGCUGUGAGCUGCCCAAGCUGGAGAAGCGCCUGCGGGCCACGGCGGAGCGUGUGAAGGCUCUGGAGUCUGCACUCAAAGAGGCCAAAGAGAACGCAGCCCGUGACCGCAAACGCUACCAACAGGAGGUGGACCGCAUCAAAGAGGCCGUCAGAGCCAAGAACAUGGCCCGCAGAGGACACUCCGCACAGAUCGCCAAGCCAAUCAGACCAGGUCAGCCCCCUGUCGCCUCUCCCACUCACCCCAAUGUCAACCGCUCAGGGGCGGGGCUCUUCCAGAAUAACCAAUCAGUGGGUAUCCGGGGUGGAGGCGGAGUCAAACAGUAAAACAACUGUUGAAUGCUGAAUUUAACUCCAGUAGCCCCAGCUGAAGCUGAUAUCACCCCAAAAAGCUGAACAGGCAUUCCACAGCACCGGGAGGGUUCAAUACUAUACAUAUGAAAGUGAAUAUAAUUAUAUAUAUAGGUGUAUGAAACAUGAAAUACUAUCCCCGUCUGGGCUGUACAGUUGUUCCUCCAUUCUUAUCUCUCAUAUCUUCCCUUUAAAAAUAUAAAGAUAAUGGAAAAAAAGACAGGCUUUUUGCACCAGAAGAAACGUGUGUAACUAGCGUGUAUCUCUUCACUCUUGCACAGUAGGUUUCUGCUCACAUCCUGCUCUCCACGUCCCUCACUGUGCCAAGUUGAAUGUAUUAGGCAGAAAUGAAUGAAAAAUUAAAAGAAAAAAAAAUUAGCUGCAUUAUUUUAGCCUUAUUUAUCUACGCUCACAUUUUGGGUUUGCUUAGAGAGUUAGCUUGUUCUCUCUGGCUUUGAACAUUUCAACUAAAGUUAAACACUACAUAUGAACUGUA